AUGAAUAUAAGUGAGUCCCAGACAAAAAAGAUUCUUGAGGCACAACUGUACCAAGCUGCUCAAGUUAUUGAGGAUGCAGUUGAUCAAGAAAUCGCCAAACUAGACAAAAUGGAUGAGGAUGAAUUGGAAAAAAUUCGUCAGCGCAGAUUAGCCGAACUGAAAGAAAAAGCCAACAAAAGGGAGGAGUUGCUAGCUAAAGGCCAUGGUAUCUACGUCGAAUUGCCCUCAGAAAAGGAUUUCUUCGAUGUCUGCAAGCAGUCAAAUAAUGUGUGCGCGCAUUUUUUUAGGAAUACUACUAUGCGUUGUGCCAUCUUUGAUAAACAUCUAUCAAUCCUCGCUCCCCGCCAUCUUGAAUGCAGAUUCAUCAAGGUUGAUGUCGAGAAGUCUCCCUUCCUUGUCUCUCGUUUAGGAGUUCGUGUUCUACCGACUCUGAUAUUGCUUAAGGAUGAAAAAGUCGUCUCUCAUGUCAUUGGAUUUGAUGAUCUCGGUGGGCAUGACGACUUCAGCACCGAAAUGUUGGAAUGGCGUUUGGGAGUAGCUGGUGUUGUUGAGUAUAGCGGUGAUCUUAGCCAGCCCCCAGAUACAGUGAAGAGUAAGAAGAAUCUGACUUUCAAGAGAAGCACAAAAACAAUUCGUGGUGGAAGGAGAGGUGAUUCUGAAGAGGAGGAUGAUUAA